UGGAGAUGUGCAGCACUGGCUUGUAUGAUAGAGAUCGGUAAUAAAAAAAUCUGAAGAAACCGAGGGGCCUUAAGACCACAAUCGAGCGACAAAACUCAUAACUAGCAGGAAAUGUUAAAUAGAUUAAUGUCCUGAAUGAAGACCGCAUACCCCGCCUAUCUAUGCCUUGCCAAGGAUUUGGAUGCUUGCACCAUGAACCCAGAGAUGACAAUGGAGAGCAUUGGCGGUCUGCAUUGUGGAGUAAACCACGACCACGGUCUGAUGAAUAUUCACAGUGCCCAACAUAACCGGAACACAGACGCUUCUUUGCGGAUCCAUCAGGAUUUAACAGCAGCAUCUUCGCGGUCAGCUAUGGUUUGCAGUAUGGCUACGAUCCUUGAUGGGUCUGGAGAGUACCGUCCUGAAUUGUCUCUCCCGCUCCAUCACGCGAUGAGCAUGCCAGGCGACGCAUCUCCAUCUGCGAUGGGAAUGAACGGAACCUACACUCAUUUAACUCCACUCCAGCCACUGCCGCCCAUAUCCACUGUUUCGGAGAAAUUCAACCAUCCUCAUCACCAUCACCAACACCAACGUCUUUCUGGAAACGUAACAGGAAGUUUUUCACUAAUGCGGGAUGAAAGAGUUUUACCAGCAAUAAACAACCUCUACAGCCAGUACCAUAAAGACAUGACAGGUAUGAAUCAAAGUUUAUCCCCCUUGGGCAGCAGUCCCCUUGGAAACAGCCUGAGUACCAUCCAUAACACACAGCAGAGUCUCCACAGCUAUGGAAGUCAUGGGCCCGACAAGAUGCUGAGCCCCAACUUUGAUGACCAUCCCACGAUACUCGCCAGAGGGGAUCAGCACUUUUCUCGAGGACUCAGUGGUCCCACGACAGGUAUUAUCCCACAUUUAAACGGAAUGCACCAUACUGCACAUCAAGGGCACCCUCAAGCCCACGGACCCACGUUGAUUUCCAGCCGAGACAGACCGCCCUCCUCCCCUGAAACGCAAGGUGCCAACUCGGGGCAGCUGGAGGAGAUCAACACCAAGGAACUGGCACAAAGAAUAGCGGCGGAACUAAAGCGAUACAGCAUCCCGCAGGCUAUCUUCGCUCAGCGAGUGCUUUGUCGCUCGCAGGGUACCCUGUCUGACCUUUUGAGGAACCCGAAACCUUGGAGUAAACUUAAAUCAGGAAGGGAGACUUUUAGGCGAAUGUGGAAAUGGCUGCAAGAACCCGAGUUUCAAAGAAUGUCGGCCCUGCGACUUGCAGCAUGCAAAAGAAAAGAUCAAGACAUAAGCAAAGAUAGGAGCAACACACCAAAGAAAUCCCGCCUGGUUUUUACCGACCUCCAGCGGCGUACCCUUGUCGCCAUCUUCAGGGAAACCAGGCGCCCCACCAAGGAGAUGCAGCUCACCAUCUCCCAGCAGCUCGGCCUGCAUCUCAACACCGUCAGUAAUUUCUUCAUGAACGCCAGGCGACGGAGCUUGGAUAAAUGGUUGGAUGAGGGAAGUCCAGGGGCGGCCUCCUCCGCCUCCAGCACAUGUGGGAAAGCAUGACUGUGAGCAUGGAGCUGCUCUGAAAGGUGUAGGCGUAGGUGGAGGAAGCACAACAUACGGGAGCCCACCUCCAUAGCAGGGACAGGAGCUGUUUGCUGGCAACAAUGUCAGCUACAUAAGUAUUGUCUCUCUCAGCCACAACAUCCUUCAAAGCUGAAAAAUUGUCUGAAAAUUUAUCUUGGUUAUACAGCCUCUCCCCGGGUUACAAUGGGGUUACAUGCAGGUAAAUCUAUCGUAAGGCGAAAAUAUCGUAAUCCGAAAAUAUCGUAAGGCGAAAAUGCAUAUUAAUACAGUACACCUAACCUAACAAACAUUGCAACCUAGCCUACCCUACCUUAAAACAUGUGUAGAACACUUACAUUAGCCUGUAGUUGGGCAAAAUAACACAAACCCUAUUUUGUAAUAAAAUGUUGAAUAUCUCAUGUAAGUUACUGAAUAAUGUACCGAAAGUGAAAAACAUUUACCCAUCGUAAAGUCGAAAUAUUGUGACCUGGACCACCGUAAUCCAGGGAGCGUCUGUAUUUCAUUAUAAAAUGUUCCUUUAACCGUGUAAAAUUGUAUCAUUCUUUCAUAUUUCCUGUAGUUUUAUCAAAUCUACUGAUACUCCAAUAAGUAUUUGAACGUUCGUUAUAUGGGUACCACUUUACGGUAAUGCUCCCAUUUGCUGCUUAUAAAUGAUUGUAACACAGUAAUAGAAAGAAACUGUUUUAUAACUUGUUUAUGAUAGUUUAUUAAUGAUUUAUAAAGUAUUACAACAUAUUU